GCAGCUUCUGAUUGUUUGUUUUUUUUUUCAAUCGUAUAGCAUCAGACUCUGCUUUUGGUUGCAUUCUGUUGUUGCCUAGCUUAAUGGGGUUGAGAUUACAUGGAGAUUCCGGUGUGCAUUUUUCGUGUUCAUCUGUCGCACGCGAUGCUGUCAUGCUGCGAAAUUCAAGUUAGUACGGCCGAAUUGCGGCUGUUUUUUUUCCUAUCUCUUAACGCCACAUUGGAAAUGGGCACUUGAGAUGAUUGUGUGGGAAGUGGGAUAUUGGAGGGGAGCAGGUAGCUGCUGAUGCAUGGUUGAAAUGAGAAACCAAGUGGAUUAUUCAUGUGAGAUGUGGAGUAGGUAGCCGGUGUGUUGCUACUUGCAUCAACCGGACUAAUUGAGCGUGGUGGGUAGAUACUUUGUUGGUUAAUGGAUGUCAACUUGCUAAGUUUCACCUACAUAUGUGGAUAAUUAAGAAAGGGAAGACACAUCUUGAAGAUGGAAAAUUUUGAAGUAAUUAGAGCAAUAGCAAACAAAAUGAUGACACAUUCCCAUUAUUUUCCUAAAAAAAAAACUGAAGCCGCUUUCGUGUCAGCAUAGUGUGCCCCAGUUGAACCGGCUUUGGAACUCUCAGAUGAUCUAACCAUAUGAAAGGCACCUUCUUAAUUGUUUUGAUGAAAGAUUGUAGACUUGGUUACUUAACAGAAUCAUCGUAGGUCUGCUUCUUCGACUUAAUGCUGAGUGAAUGAGAGUACAACAUGUAUAUGGCUGGUUUCCAAUCGUCGAACCAGAUCAUGGUCACACUAAACUCCGUCUUGCAAAAGAAGGUUAUUGGGCCAUAUCGAUCUGGAAAAUCUUUUCUUCUCAAUCAGCUUCUCUCCCUAACAUGCAAUAAAGGUUUUGGAGUUGGACAUAUGCGAGAUACCAAAACAAAAGGUAUAUGGGUCUGGGGUACUCCCAUUGAGUUAGAUGUGAAUGGCUCCAAAGUUUCUGUCCUUUACCUGGACACUGAGGGAUUUGAGAGCAUCGGAAAAUCAAAUGUAUAUGAUGAUAGGAUAUUUGCUCUGGCCACUGUUUUAAGUUCUAUCCUUAUCUACAAUCUUCCAGAGACGAUUCGUGAAGCUGAUAUAUCUAGACUCUCAUUUGCUGUUGAAAUUGCUGAAGAAUUCUAUGGAAGAGUGAAGGGGCAAGAUGUUGCUUUUGAGCCAGCAAAACUACUGUGGCUUAUCCAGAGGGAUUUCCUCCAAGGAAAAUCUGUCCAGCAAAUGGUUGAUGAAGCUCUCCAACGGGUGCCUAACAACAAUGGAGACAAAUAUAUUGAUGAGGUCAACCGAAUCAGAGACUCUUUGGCAUUUAUGGGCGAUAACAGCACUGCUUUUAGCUUACCCCAGCCUCAUCUUCAAAGAACAAAGCUAUGUGACAUGGACGAUCAAGAACUGGACCCAUUAUAUAUAGAAAGGAGAGAUGAGUUGAAGCAAAUUGUUACUUCCAUGAUAAAACCAAAACUUUUGCAGGGUAGAACUCUAAAUGGAAAGGAGUUUGUAUCUUUCCUAAGGCAGAUACUUGAGGCGUUGAAUAAAGGUGAAAUUCCAUCAACAGGAUCACUUGUAGAAGUAUUCAAUAAGGCAAUUCUUGAGCGCUGCUUAAAGUUGUAUAAUGAAAGAAUGGAAAGAGUGGGUCUACCAGUAUCAGUGGAUAAACUUCAGCUGAUUCACAAUUUGGCAGAAGAUGAAGCUAGAAAGCUCUUUGACAAGCAGCAUUUUGGUAAACAUCAUACUACCCGAUCCAUCCUCAAGCUUGAUGAAGAGAUGAGAAAGGUCUUCGGAAACUUUGGUUUUGCCAAUGAGUACCAGUCAUCGAAGCUGUGCAAAGCAAAGUUUUCAGAGUGUGAAGAUAAAAUGGAACACCUUCAAUCCUUGAAGCUUCCUUCGAUGGCAAAAUUUAAUGCUGGAUUUCUUCGCUGUAACCAGAGUUUUGAAAUGGAGUGUGUGGGGCCUGCCAAGGAAAGCUAUGAACGUAGGAUGUCAAAGAUGCUCGCAAGGUCUCGUGCUCUUUUCAUCAAGGAGUACAACAACAAACUAUUCAAUUGGCUGGUGACGUUCUCCUUGGUCAUGAUUGUGAUUGCGCGCUUUGUGAUCAAGUUCUUUUUACUCGAAGUUGCUGCAUGGGUGAUAUUCAUCUUCUUAGAGACAUACACGAGAUUAUUCUGGUCGUCAGAAUUGUUGUACUACAAUCCCAUCUGGCACAUGAUCGUCUCUUCAUGGGAAACCAUUGUGUAUAACCCAGUUCUUGAUAUUGACAGAUGGGUGAUCCCAAUUGUUGUUGUGCUAUCAUUUUUAGCUGUUUACUGGCGUUGCCUCGGUGUCAGGAAACGAAUAGGAAGAUCAUUGCUUCCUUUGUACAGAGGUUCUUACGGAAGCUCCAGUCGCCCAAGAACAGAUUAAUCCAGGUCUAGAAAUGGUGAUGAAUGAUGCAAAUCGCUGGGAAAAUCCAUGAAAAUAUCCUUUUGCCGUGUGAUGGAUAGUGGACGGCAAAAGGAUGUUGGCUCUAUGCACACGCUGCAAGAAGCUUCUCUUGCAAUCCAAGAAGGGAAUAUUUAGGCUCAGCUCACGGCUCUUAGUCUUACUGACCCACCAAGCAAAGCAAACGCUAACGUAUGAAUGAUAAUCAAUCUUUGUUCUAUAUCGAAAUGCUUAUAGUAACAAAGAAAUAUAACCAUACUUUAUUUCAAUGUAAAGAUCAUUCUUUGUAUAUUAUGGCACACUAGAUAAUAACAAAGAAGAUCUGGUAGUGUACAGGCCAGAGCAGCUGAAAUUUCAUGAA